AGGAUAUCCAAAAGGCUACUAAUCAAGAAGAAUUAAAUGUUUUAAACGACCGCAUAAACGAGUUAAAUUACGGCAAUUUGCCACCGGAAAAAAAACAAGUUUUUCUGGAAGCACUUCAAAAAAAUCAACGAGAUAAAAUACUAGAAGAACUAGAAAAACAAAUGGGUUUAGAAAUUGGAACCAACUGGGAGCAUAAAGAACAAAUUAGAAAAAAAAAAGAAUUUUUCAUUAAUGAAAUUAGGGCUGAGGAGGCAAAACAAUUUUUAGAAAAAGCUCUGGAAAUUGCUGAACUGGAAAUGUCGGAAUUAGAAGGAAACGACUUUAUUGCCGAACUGCGCCAAAUAGAAAAUUCCGAGCAAAAGAUAAUUAAUUUUCGCAUUUCAGCAUUCAAAGAAAUAGUGGAAAAAGGAAUCAACAGAGCACUUAAAAACGAAAAUCCCCAUGUUCCUUAUAACAAACUAACUGGCGACCCAAAAAGUAGCAUUCUCCAAGAAAAUAGCGAACAAGAUAAAUUAAAUGCUUUUGCCGAAACUCUAAGUCAAAUUAAAACCAAGCGUCAGAGAGUUGCUGAGGAUUUACUGCAAGGAUUAAUUAACGAAGAAACCCCUAAUAACCAUAGUGAAUUACAAAAUUAUCUCAACAAUUUACAACGAUUAAUUCCACACAACAACAAUGCUGCGAACCGAACAGCCGAAAGAAAAAAUUCGGACAAUACUGACAUAAAACUUAGUAUCGACCAGACAGAAAUCAGCGAAAAUCUAAAAAAGUUAAGAAUAAUAGUGCGAAGUAAAGAUAAACCUGAGGAAAUUAAAGCCUUGUCAGUGCUCGGAAACUUACCGGAAAAUAGUAAUUGGGAAAAGCGAACCCAGAAUCGAAUUAACGAAUUAAAAGCAGAGAUUGCCAACGAAAUAGAAAGUUUACGUGAAUAUUUGCUAACUUCGGACAAACAAAAACGCCCUUUGAAAGACAGACGAAACAAACGGUAUGAAGAGUUAGAAAAAAUUAAUAAAUCAAUCAAAAAAAUGAACGAAACUGAAGUUUGGAAAGAAUUAAAAGAACUCUAUCAAAAAACUAUCGAUGAAAUCAAUAAUUUCAUGACAACCAGCGAGGGAAGGGAAAAAUUGUCCAAAAAAAAUUUUGUUGCUUAUACUUCUCUCAAUCCCCAAAAUCUUUUCAACCAAGCAAUCAAUAAAAUCCAAGAAUCUAUUAGAAAUUGCAGUAGUGCAGAAGAAAUUGAUAACCAACUAGGACCGGCUAUCAAGGAACUAGAAAAAGACCUAAAUAAUAAGAUUUAUGGACUGAAACUCU